GCGAGGACGCACAAACACUGGCAGGUCUUAAAGCGUCCCUUCCGGUGAACGUCACCUUUCUUCGGACAUAAAAGAACGACUCUGCCCUUCAGGAGGUUGUGCUUCGUUGCGGUAGUAAACGUUUUCGGGGACCUACUUCCCCUGCUGGCGCUGACAGGCGGUGCUUCGGUCGCUCCCAAACAUGGCCUCCAUGACGGAGCGACCGCUUCAACUUUAAUUUUUCGCCAAUUUUCAGAUAUAUAAAAGCGUUCUUUCCCCUCCACGACCAACGGGAAUGUUCCGUCGGAAAAUAUUAUCAUGCCAGACUUCUGAAACAGAUGUUAUCUUUCGGAGAAGUUCGCUGUUGGAUUUGAACACAUCGCUUUAAGUUGGCUGGAAAGCUGGAGAGGAAAAAGAGAAUUGCAUCAAAUCAAAUGCCAUCUGAGGCUCAGUCCCAGGAGCCUCGGGACAGAGGACCGCCCCCUCCCGUCACUCGGGCUGGACGCAGCGCUCAGCUGGCCAAAGCUGCCGCUACUAGCCCCGCCUCCGACAGGCGGACCCGUGGGCGGCCUCGGAAAGAUGGGAGCGGCGGCUGCUCUGGACCGCCAGCUCCUCCUCCUCCAGCUCCCAAAUCUCGGAAGAAGGGGCGGAGCCGAGGACAGGCCCAGGUAGAGGAUGAAGAGAGCGUGGACGCCACGGAGAAGAAACCCCCCACAGGACAGGUAAAAGAGAAGACAACAGGACGUCGUCGCUCCACCUCCAGGAGGAAGUCCAACACAAACCCUGAUCCUGACCCAGAACCCGACCCUGAACCCAACAGGGACAGGCUCACUCCAGAACCUGAGCCGGACCCAGACCCAGGUCCCCCUGAGCCCUCAGUCCACAUUUCCCGUCCUGGACCAGCUCCCAGUGAUCAGGAGGAGGACAGAACCAGUCCCGGUCCUGGCCCCGUCCCGGCCCACAGUCCCGGACCAGUUCCUAGUCCUGGGGAAGAUCCUCGGGUCGGUCCCCCGUCCCCAGACCUUAGACCGGUUCAUAGACCCGCCUCCAACCCCAGCACAGACCCCAGUCCUAUGGAGGAGGCCCUGCCCAGUCUGAGCCUCAGCCCCGCCCCCAUGGAGGUGCACUGCAGCCCCAGCAGAGGUCCAGAGGAGCCGGGCGGGGCCAGCCCCAUGGAGCCCAGUCCUGGUUCCAGCGCCCCAGUGUCCCCCUGUCUGCGGCUGGAGGACGAGGACUCGCUGUCCUCCCUGUUCCAGCGCUCGCUGUCGGAGGACUCUGGCGGCUCUCCGACCCCCAGCCUGGGACACACCAAGAAACGGCUGAAGCAGUGUGCCUUCUGUUACCGUGGUGACCAUCCUCCUCUGGGUCAGGGCCGUCUGGUGGUGUUCGGUCCUACUCCCGGCUACAUCCCGCUCCACAUCCUGAGCCGCCGUGCCUCCUCCGACCGCGACAGUGACUGUCACGACCACUGCUACCGUGGCGACCAGGCCCCGCCCACGUGCAGCAGUCCAGACCAGAGUGAGGACGAGUCUUCCUCAGAGUUCUUCAAGCAGCUUGGACCGAUCGGCCUUCCACCUGACAUCAACGUCCAAUCACUGUUCGACCCCACAGGUCAGUGCUGUGCUCACCUGCAGUGUGCUGCGUGGUCAGAGGGGGUGUGUCGAGGCGAGGGCCAAUCACUGCUCUACGUGGACAAAGCCAUCGACUCAGGAAGCACACAGGUGUGUGUGUUCUGCCGGCGGCUGGGCGCCUCACUGCGUUGCCAGGAGACGGGCUGUGGGCGGAGCUACCAUUUCCCCUGUGCUGCUGCUGCUGGAGCUCAUCAGGACUGGAACCAGAGACACACACUGUGUACAAGACACACACACACAGGGUCCUCGCGGUGUGUGUCGUGUUCGAGGGGCGCAGAGGUCGGCGGCCUGUUGAUGUGCUGUUGCUGCGGUAACCGUUACCACGGCAGCUGCCUGGAUCCCCCUCUGGCCCCCUCCCCCCUGUGUCGGGCCGGAUGGCAGUGUCUCGAGUGUCGAGCGUGUCAGAGCUGCAGGUUGCGAGGAGAUGAAGGUGUGCUGCUGGUGUGUGAGCGCUGUGAUAAAUCCUACCACUCACACUGUCUGACACCGCCUCUGGACCUCACACCUCACACCGGCUGGAGCUGCAAGAACUGCAGAGUCUGCCGCCGCUGUGGUGUGAGAUCAUCGGGCCUGUGGGCCAAUCACCCAUUUCUGUGUGAGUCGUGUGACCCAGCCCUGCCCUGUCCUCUCUGUGGCCACGCCCCCAACCUCUACGCACCACAGGAGUAUCUGACCUGUAUCUGUUGCUAUCGGUGUGUCCAUGCAGAGUGCAUUAUCCAGGCUGGGAAGGGCAGGGCUGAAUCUGAAGGUUAUGUCUGCUCCACCUGCAGGCCACAGCAGGAGGAGCUAAUCCCACACACUCCAAUCACACACAGUCCUACCCACGUUCCUCCCACGAGCAUUUCACAGCCACCACUUCCAAGUCACACAGAGGCUCCGCCCAACAGUCCCACUGCUCAUAGCCCAGUCCUGCUCAUCUGUUCAGAGCCCCCACAAAGUCCUACCAAGACGAGCUCGGCACCAUCAGCACAGAUUUGUAAUCACCCCGGUCCCACAGAGCUGCAACAAAGUCAUCCACCUUCUCCCACAGAACCCCAACAAAGUCCUGAACCAUGUCUCACAGAGCAGCAACAAAGUCCUGAACCAUGUCUCACAGAGCAGCAACAAAGUCCUGAACCAUGUCUCACAGAGCAGCAACAAAGUCCUGAACCAUGUCUCACAGAGCAGCAACAAAGUCCUGAACCAUGUCUCACAGAGCAGCAACAAAGUCCUGAACCAUGUCUCACAGAGCUGCAACAAAGUCAUCCACCUUCUCCCACAGAGCCCCAACAAAGUCCUGAACCAUGUCCCACAGAGCUCCAACAAAUUCUUGCAUCAUCUCCUAUGAAGCUCCAUCAGAGUCAUCCACCUUCUCCCACAGAGCUCCAACAAAUUCUUGCAUCGUCUCCCACAGAGCUCCAACAAAGUUCUCCAUCACCUCUCACAGGACUCAAGCAAAGUCCUGAACCAUCUCACACAGAGCUCCUACAAAGUUCCCCAUCGUCCCCCACAGAGCCUCAACAAAGCCAUCCAACAUCUCUCACAGAUUUACAAAAAUGCACUGCACCAUCUCCAACAGGACUCCAACAAAGUCCUGGAGAAUCUUCCACAGAGCUCCAACGAUGUUCCCCAUCUAACACAGGGCUCGAGCACAGUUCAGCACCAUCUCCCUCUGAGCUCCAACAAAGUCCUGUGCCAUCUCCCUCUGAGCUCCAACAAAGUCCUGCUCUAUCUCCCUCUGAGCUCCAACAAAUUCCUGCACCACCUCCUACAGAGCUCCAACAAAGUCCCGCACCACCUCCUACAGAGCUCCAACAAAGUCCUGCUCCAUCUCCCUCUGAGCUCCAACAAAUUCCUGCACCACCUCCUACAGAGCUCCAACAAAGUCCCGCACCACCUCCUACAGAGCUCCAACAAAGUCCUGCUCCAUCUCCCUCAGCGCUCCAACAAAGUACUGCACCACCUACUACAGAGCUCCAACAAAGUCCUGCACCACCUCCCACAGAGCUCCAACAAAGUCCUGCACCACCUCCCACAGAGCUCCAACAAAGUCCUGCACCACCUCCUACAGAGCUCCAACAAAGUCCUGCACCACCUCCUACAGAGCUCCAACAAAGUCCUGAACCAUGCGCCACAGGACACCAACAAAGUCCUGCACCACCUCCCACAGAGCGCCAACAAAGUCCUGCUCCAUCUCCCUCAGAGCUCCAACAAAGUCCUGCUCCAUCUCCCUCAGAGCUCCAACAAAGUCCUGCUCCAUCUCCCUCAGAGCUCCAACAAAGUCCUGCUCCAUCUCCCUCAGAGCUCCAACAAAGUCCUGCUCCAUCUCCCUCAGAGCUCCAACAAAGUCCUGCUCCAUCUCCCUCAGAGCUCCAACAAAGUCCUGCUCCAUCUCCCUCAGAGCUCCAACAAAGUCCUGCUCCAUCUCCCUCAGAGCUCCAACGAAGUCCUGAACCAUGUGCCACAGGACACCAACGAAGUCCUGCUCCAUCUCCCCCAGAGCUCGAACAAAGUCCUGCUCCAUCUCCCCCAGAGCUCGAACAAAGUCCUGCUCCAUCUCCCUCAGAGCUCCAACAAAGUCCUCCACUAUCUGUCACAGAGGUUCAAGAAACUUCUGGAGAGCUCCUGCAAAUUUUGACAGCAGCCGAUUCUGACGGAACAGUGCUCCAACAAAGAUCUGGCCAGUCUCACUGUGAUCCCACAGUGCUUGAAAAAGGCCUCUUGCUACCUUGCCCUGAUCCUGCAGAGCUCCCAGGAUGCCCUUCACCGUCUCACCAUGAUUGUACAGAGCAACAGCAAAGCCACACCCCACCUCACCUAAGUCCAGGAAAGCUUCAACUAAAAGAAGACAAAAAAAGUCCUUCGCCCUCCCUUCCUGGUCCUACUGAGCUAUACCAAAGCCAUACCCAUGGGACUUCUACACAGGCCCAGCAAAGUCCUCUUAAGCUCAGUUCAACAUCGUCUAGCCCUGUCCACAAUUCCACUGAGUCUCAGCAGAGUCCAACUCUGGCGAGUUCCAUAUCUUGUAUGUUUGCACAUCCUCCACACAGCCCUCAGCCACAGGGUGGGACCCACACAGGGCUUAGUCCUACCAGGGUCCAGGCAGGGCCGGCAGAACCUCAGCACAGCCCAGCACCAUGCAGUCUCUCACAGGACAACACAACACAAGUCAACAGAUCAUCUAGUCCUACUAACAUGAUCGUCCCACAGCAUCAGCAGAGUCCUGCUCCUCAUAGUCCUGCACAUGUCGACACAUCACCUCCCCAGAGUCUCACACACGAUGCUGAACCUACACUGGACCAGGAGAGCCCUGGAUCAAGCAGCCCUGCUCAUCUGCAGUGCAGGGCUGCAGAGGACAUUUCUACACUGGACCAGGACCUCUCACUAGUCUACUGUAGGCCUACCAAGAUAGCAACAGGACAUGCCAUACUGAGGCCCAUCUCAGCUCCAUGUAGCCCAUCCCCAUUCCCAGCCAGACCCAGACAGUGUAGUCUGUCACAGCCUGCUAGCCCAGUACAGCACCGCUCUACACUGGAUAUUAGGCCGCUUCUGCUUAGCCUGGCUCCUGUUCAGGUUGUUGCACUGUCAGCAGUCACCAUGGAAUGCACCCAAACCAGUACCGAGGAGCUGAAGUCCUUGGAGCAGAGCCCUAUGCAACAUAGUUUUAACAUUGCUGACCAAACACUGGAAAGUAGCCCUGCCCCUGUUAGCCCCAUGUCUGACCUGUCCACAGUGCCCCCUAAGAACUAUGGUGCAGACAGUCGCACCGCUGACCAUACUCACCCCCUCACAACACCAGAAAGCCUUGUUCACAUUAGCUCUUCAGCUGAACACAGUAGCCUAACUUGCUCACCUUGUGCUGAUGAAACAGAGGGAAAUUCUUCCCCAGCUAGCAACACUCAUCAUCCAGGUCCUUGUGAUAGCUCAUUGCUCUGCACAGAAGCUUUUGGGAAAGCUAGCCCCACACAUAUCCUAGCUAGCUCAGGUAGUGCUAGCCCCAUACAUGCUAGUCAAAUGCCUACUAGCGUGAUCACCCCUCUGCCUGUCUGUGUUAGUCCCAUUCCUGUGGAGACUAGCCUUGCCCCUGUUGGCCCUUUAGCUGCUGAGAUGAGCCCCUCAACACAAUCAGCUAGCCUUGUAACGCUAACGCAGCCAAUCAGCCCUUUGGCACCAUUAGUUAGAUCCUUAACGGGACCAACUAGCUGCUCAGAAGAACUGGCUAGAUCCGUCCACCCCUCUUCAUGUGAGGAUGAGGAGAUGGAGGAAGCUGUUGGCCACCAAAGUGAUAUUAUUCCGACAGAAACUACUUCCAAUCACCUCGACAGCCCCAGUCCUGCUACCCCAGGUCACACAGAAGCCAACAGUGACUGCAUCCUGACAGACUCUGGGCAUGCUCAGGAGAGAAUUUCUGUUUGUAGUGUUUCAACUCCAACUAGCUGUAGUCCUCCACACUGUACACAGACUGAUACUAGCCCCACUAGUAGCCCUGUUAGCCGCAGUUUGAGCAGCAUCACCUCAGACCUUAGAGGCCAGUCGAGUCCACUGUCUGCUCAUGGAACUGAUGCUAAAGUCAUUCGUAGUCCAACUGGGUCUAGUCCUGCUGGUCAGGCUAGUCCUGUUCACAUAGUAGUUGCCCACUCAGGCCCACUGCAAACACAGACUCCCUCAUUAGCUCGCACAAUAAGCAGCAGCCCUGCACAUGCUACUGUCUCUUGUGUUAGCCCAUUUCACAGUCCAGCUCAGGCCAGUGAAACACCCCGUAGCCCCACAAGUAGCCCCCUUCACUGUACAGCUCCCGACACUGGAACCAGUACCAGCCUUACUGCGGCACAGCCCAGCCCCACUUUGACGAGUCUUGAUGUGGACGUGACGGCCAGUCCCACACACCAGAGUUCUGAUCUUUACAGUGCGGUGCGGCUUGAUACUGGUCUUGUUAAACCUGCGAACUGUAUCAGGCAAACAAGCCCAACAUCUGCCAGUUGCUUACCCGAUGAAUCAUCUGCUGUAAGUCACAACCAGGCUAGUCUGAGCCAGGCUAGCAAGUGGCCCGCUGGUCCUUCCUCUGCCCCUGACAGGUCUUCAGUCGAAAGCCAAAAAAGUACUGCCUGGCUGAGCCCUUUGUAUCCAAGACCAGAUUCUCCAGUUGAUGCUACUUCCACUCAGGCUAGUCCGAGCCAUGCUGGCCCAGUCCAUUCUAGUGCCACUCAGGAUAACACUGCGAUGCCUAGCACUAGCCACACUAGUAAAACCCCUUCUUCACCUUCUGGCCUGUCAGACGUUAGCUACCCUCAGACAGUCUGCACUCAUGUUAGCUCAGCACACAGUAGUCCUGUCCAAAGUCAUGGCCUUGUGGAUUCAAGUUAUACCCCAAUUCUGGGUCCUGCUAGCCCUGUGCAGCCAGAACUUAUUCCUAGACUUGGUCCUGUUAGCCCUGUGCAGCCAGACCCUAGUCCUGUUCCUGGUCCUGUUAGUCCUGUGCAACCAGAACCUAGUCCUGGUCCUGUUCGCCCUGUGCAACCAGAACCUGGUCCUGUUCGCCCUGUGCAACCAGAACCUGGUCCUGUUCGCCCUGUGCAACCAGAACCUAGUCUUAGUCCUGGUCCUGUUGGCCCUGUGCAACCACAACCAAGUCUUAGUCCUGGUCCUGUUAGCCCUGCGCAGCCAGACCCCAGUCUUAGUCCUGGUCCUGUUAGCCCUGUGCAACCAGACCCUAGUCCUCAUGCUGAUUCUGCUAGUCAGGUGCAGCUGGAAUCAAGUCCUCGUCCUGGUCUUGCUGGUCCUGUCCAGCAGGAACUGAGUCCUAGAUGUGAUCCAGUUGGUCCUAUGAGGUGUGAGGCUAGUUCUGAUCUUGGUCCUGCCGGCCAGAUGCUCCUGGAGGUCAGUUCCAGCCCCACCACCUUUGGGCAGCCUGAAACUAGCGGUCCAGUCCAGCCUACUGCCGGUCCUGAUCCGGGUUGCUGCUCUGAUGCCACCCUGAGACGGCACUCACCAACAGAAGCAGAGUCCGCUGUGGACAUAAGCACGGUGGAGGAGACAGGAGCUCUGCAGCAGGUGGAGGAUGGACAGGAGCAUCUUCAGACCACGCAAGAAGAGGAGGCUGCGAGGACCGAGGAAGGAGGACAAGACCAGGAGGAAAAGGACCAGCUCAGCAGCUCCAUCUGUCCUCCUUCAGGACUCCAGGUGCCCGCCCUCCUCCCCUCAUCUUCACCUCCCUCUUCCCCCGUCCCAUCACCUCCUUCCCCGCCUCCUCAGAAAGCCUGCUCUCCGGAGGCCUCCCCUCACCCAGAGGACCAGGAGCCCACCAAUGACAGAGAAGAGGAGAAGACCUCAGCAGAUGACAGCAGCCAAUCACAGAGCCUGUUUGAACCUGUUGCCAUGGCAACAAAACUCACCAAAGAUGAGCACCAAUCACAUGCUGAGCCUUCAGAGGAGGAGGAAGAGGAGAAGGAGGAGCGGCCUAUAGCAGCACCGGACAGAGCAGCAUUAGAUGGUGGACAGCCAAUCAGUGAGAGGAAGGAGGGGGAGGAGGACCAAUCAGACGUGGAGGAGGAGUCGGUGAGUCCCGUGCUGGACCUGGACGCCUCCCUGGACAUGGAGGUGAUGGAGCUGAUGUCCUCGUCUCCUUCCCCCUCCCUGGUGCACCUGUCCUCCCCCAGCCCGCCCCCCCGGAGAGGGAAGGGUCGCUCCCUGCGGCCUCCCCCCUGCUGCUCCCGGCCCGUAGACGACCUCUCCAUCCGCCUCCGCCAGUCCCCCUUCUCCACCGAGGCCUCCCCUGAGACCUCCCCCGCUAGACCUCCUGUCACCCCCCCUCCCCUGUCUCCGCCCUCACCUCCUCUCAGGUCCUCCCCUCCAGCCAGAGAGACUCCACCCCUCUCCAAGCCCCCUGCGCCUCCUCCCACGGUUCUCCUCCCCCUGACUCCUAAGAUCGGCAUGGGGAAGCCGGCCAUCUCGAAGAGGAAGUUCUCCCCCGGCAGAGCUCGUCUCAAACAGGGUUCGUGGUGGAGUAGCCGCAGGGCAGUGAGCCCUCCCUCGUCCUCCCAGGAUUCCACGGGGGAGGCGGGUUGGGACAGCCCUAAGCCCCGCCCACCGGACUCCCCGGUCUGGAGCAUGAGAGUGGGUCGUGGUUCAGGGUUUCCGGGCAGAAGAAGGUCAAGAGGAGGAGGAGGAGUCCGAGGAGGGAGAGGACGGAGCCGCCUGAAGACCCAGGACAGUCUGACCCUGUCCCAGGGAUGUGCCUUUGUGGAAACGUUCCAGCCGAAGGAGGAGGAGGAGAACUCGAUGCACAACACGGUGGUGAUGUUCUCCACCUCAGACCACUUCACCCUCAGACAGGACAUGUGUGUAGUGUGUGGUAGUUUCGGUCAGGGAGCUGAAGGCCGACUCUUGGCGUGUUCUCAGUGUGGACAGUGUUACCAUCCUUACUGUGUCAACGUCAAGAUCACGCGGGUGGUCCUGACCAAAGGGUGGCGCUGUCUGGAGUGUACGGUCUGCGAGGCGUGUGGCGAGGCCAGCGACCCCGGACGACUGUUGCUAUGCGACGACUGUGACAUCAGCUACCACACCUACUGCCUGGACCCGCCCCUCCACACCGUCCCCAAAGGAGCCUGGAAGUGCAAGUGGUGUGUGUGGUGCGUCCAGUGUGGCUCCGCCUCCCCUGGGCUGCACUGUGAUUGGCAGAGUAACUACAGUCUGUGUGGGCCGUGCUGCAGUCUGAGCCGCUGUCCUCUCUGUCACCGACGCUACUCUGAGGACGAGCUGGUGCUGCAAUGUCAGCAGUGUGACAGGUGGGUCCACGCUGUGUGCCAGGGUCUGACCACUGAGGAUGAGGUGGAGUUCGCCGCUGACGAAGGCUUCGACUGUUCGCUGUGCAAAAGUCAUGGUCGCAGCUCCUUCGGGAGGUCCGACUCCAUGGGCCCCUACAUGGCUCAGAUCAUCUCCAGGAUCAGAGAACAGGACACAAAGACAUACACUCAGGAUGGAGUGUGUCUCACCGAGUCGGGUCUGUCUCACCUGCAGUCUCUGGUUGAGCCUCUGACGUCACCACGCAGGUAUCGCAGGUGUAAACCCAAACUGAAGCUGAGGAUCAUCAAUCAGAACAGUGUGUCCGUCCUGCAGACCCCACCGGACCCAGAACCCCCCACAGACCAGGACCCCAGCAGAGGUGACUUGGAGUGCGACAUGAAAUCUGACUCCAGCCCUGAGCGGGACCACACCCACGAUGAUGACGUCAUGAAGGAGCCUGAGGUUACCGAUGGCAACAAGAAGAGGAAGAGGAAACCCUACAGGCCAGGUAUCGGGGGCUUCAUGGUCCGUCAGCGUGGAGGGAAAGCCGGUCCGAGCAGAAUCAAGCUGUGCAGGAAAGAUUCAUCAGAGCUGCUGCUGGGCAGAGACGAAGGCCUGGUGGACGCAGACGUUGCCAUGGAGACGACGCCCCCUGCUGACCAGGUGAUGGAGAAGGUGAAGAAGAGGUACAGAAAGAAGAAGACUAAGCUGGAGGAGGCGUUUCCCUCCUAUCUACAGGAGGCCUUCUUUGGUCGGGAUCUCCUCGACCGGAGCCGACAGGUGGAAAGGAGGGCGGGACCAGAGACGCCAGGUGGCAGCCAACCAGGAACGGCGACAGGUGGCAUGAAAGGCCUGCUCGCUGCGUCACACGGCCCCUCCCCCUCUGGGCAGGCAGUGGGCACCGUGGCAACCGCAGUGAACAGGAAGCAGGGAGCGCUGCCCAUGUCAGAGGACGCUCUGCUGGAUCUGUCCGACGUCCUCAACACCGACCCUCACAUCCUGGCCACCGGACACACAGGGCAGUUCCAGGUGGAGCGCUCCCCGUCUCCGUUCGCUGGUCUGAACAUCAACUCCAUGGACAAUGACCCCUCCUUGACCUUGGAGCCGGCAGGAAGUGGGCGUGGCCAGAGGGCGGUGCAGGAGGAGCCUCUGGACGCCAUCUUGAGUCCUGAACUGGACAAGAUGGUCACUGACGGAGCCAUCCUCAGCAAACUCUACAACAUCCCAGAGCUGGAGGGGAAGGAUGUGGAGGAGGUCUUCACUGCAGUCCUGAGUCCAAACAGCAGCAACAACCAACCACAACACAACCAGCAGACACACACUGCUGCUGGGGGCAAGACGCACACACACAACACAGUGUUUCCUCGCCUACCGCUGCUGAACGGCCUGAUGCCCGCUGCCCCUCCCUUCCCCAGCUGUCCCAUGAUGCCCGGUGGUACCCAGCCUCCCGCCAGCUUCCGACUGGCCCCCGUCCAGGGCCCCGCCCCCGGGUCGGCUCCAGCCAAUCAGGCGUCCUCUGGCGACGGCGAGCAGGACACGCUGUCGACGGCUCAGAGAGGAAUGCUGAAGUGGGAGAAGGAGGAAAGUCUGGGGGAGAGAGCCACUGUUGCCCCGGUGCUCUACUGCAAUACCAACUACCCCCAGCUGAGGCAGCAGUACCCCGAUUGGACCACCAGAGUAAAGCAGAUCACUAAGCUGUGGAGGAAGGCCAGUUCUCAGGACAGAGCACCCUAUGUGCAAAAAGCUCGGGACAACCGUGCAGCUCAGCGCAUCAACAAGGUGCAGCUGUCCAACGACGCCCUAAAACGCCACCAGGCCUCGCAGCCGGCGCCGCCGCCACCACCUGGACCCUACGACCCGCUCUGUCUGGAGACUGAGGUGGGUUUCAAGGACCCGCUGAGGCCUAAAGAGUCGGAACAGGAGCAGGAGUGGAAGCUCCGACAGGGAGAGGUAGAUGACAGAUGGGGAACCGGUAAGAAGAGGCAGGAAAAUCCCCCCCAAACCAAAGCCCUAAAAUCACCAACAGAUAAAGAUUGUCCCUACCAGGCGCCUGUAGCAGGAGGGGGCAAAGAGGCUCUGCAAAUGCGUCAGAAGAGCAAGCAGCUGGCUAAGAUGGAGGCCACCCAGAAGCUGGAACAGGUGAAGAACGAGCAGCGGCAGCUCCUGGCCAAUCAGCAUCCAUCCGGACGCCUGUCCCCCGACAGCCCCGCCCCGCAGACCGUCGCCGGGGGCAACGCCUCCCCGUUGAUGCACAGGGAGGGGCCGCUGCGACGGGCCGACGACGUCUUCCUGCGCCCGCAGGCCCCACCCCUCUCGGGCUUCUCCUCGCUGCCCCACUCCCCCCUGCCCUCCUCACCGCUCCACCAGCCGCCCUCUUCCCCCCAGAUGUUCUCCCCGCCCUCCUCCCGCCCCUCCUCUCCCUGGGAUCCCUACAGUAAGGUGGUGGGGACUCCUCGCCCCGCCUCCUCGCAGCCCGGACCUCCGCCCACCCAGCAGCAGCAGCGACGCAACUCACUGAGCGCCUCCCCGGCCCACGAAGCCGCCGUCUCCCCGACACUGUCCCCCGACUCCAAGACCUCUGACAGACCCCAGCCAGGCCUGCAGCAGAGCCGAGGAGGUGUCCGUCCGGUGGAGUUGUUCCAGCGGUUCAGUCGUCCCGGUGAGCUGGGCUCCGUGUUCAAGGCCCCGAUGCCUCCCCAGCAGGAGGGAGGACGGAGGGAGGCGGGCUUCGGCCUCCCCCAGGAGGCUCCGUUUCCCUCCAGCCCCCUGUCGGGCCUGGGCUCCCCCAACCGGAGCCCGUACGCCCCCCGCCCAGACUUCGGCCAGCAGGUGGAGUCCUUCUCCCCGCUGAGCCCCUACGCCAACCCUCAGACCCCCGGGACGCCCCGCCCUCACUCUGACCCCGCCUACCUGCCCGCCCCCCCGGUGCUCAGGUUGGACCAGUUCUCCCAGCAGCCCCCCGGCCGACGCCCGUCCCCGUCUCACCCGGCCCUGGACCCCUAUGCCUCCAACCCGGGGACCCCCCGGCCCUCCGACCGUUUCCCCCGAUCUCCGGGCAGUCAGCCGCCCGGGACGCCUCGGCCGUCCCCCGACCCGUACGCACAGCAGCCCUCCACCCCCAGAACCCACAAGACCCACGAGUCCUACGGCCAGAGCCCAGCGGAGAGCUUCAUUCCUCAGCCGGCGGGAUCCGGGUCCUCCCCUCUGGCUCCAGGAGAGCCGGGCACCUUCACUGCAGCAUCUCACCAGCUACAGCAGUCUCCAGGGCGACAGCAGCAGGACUCGUUUCCCAGAACCCCCAGCGGCCAGACUCCGAAGCACGCCGGGUUGUCCGAGGCUCACGACCCCUUCGAGCAGGGCCACAUGACACCGGGCCUGCUGCAGACGGACAAGACGGCAGCCAGCGACGUGCCGGUGGGCGUGGCUUCCCUAGACGGACCAAUGAGCAUGCUGCCUCAGCUGGGUGACUCAGAGGAGAAGCUGAGGCAGCGUCAGCGGCUUCGACAGCUCAUCCUCAGGCAGCAGCAGCAGAAGAGCGCCUUACGACAGGAGAAAGGUCUGCAGGAGGCAGCUCCAUCAGCUCCACCAGCUGCUCCAGGUCCACCAGCUGCUCCAGGUUCUGCCACGCCUCUCCACAGCUGGUCCCAGGAGGACUCCCCCACCGCUCUCCCAUCAGACCUGUUUGGACGGCCUCCACCCCCCUACCCUGGCAUGGUGCGGUCCGGUGGGGCUCCAGGCCCCAGGUUUCCUGGAGGUUUACCAGGGGAGCAGCAGAGGGGCUUCAGCCCCAGCGAGGGUCCCUUUCCCAGGCAGAGCCUCCCCAGAGAGCUGGGUGUCCGAGGACCCGCCCUGAGAUUUGGUGUUCCUCCUGGAGCUCCAGCGGGCCUGGAGGACUCCUUCCUGCGUCCGCCCCAGGGACCAAUGCCUGCAUCUGGGCCGGCUGCGGUGGAGGGAGUCCCUGUCCAGAUGAGGAGGCCCACAUCUGGAGAGCUCACUGGCAUUCGACCUCUAGCUCCUCCAAACGCUCACCCUCUGAUGAUGCCAGGUGUCCCCCAGCCCUUCCUCCCCCGCUCCCUCCCCCUCCAGCAGCACAGCAUCAUGGGACAGCCCUACAUCGAGCUUCGGCACCGCGCUCCAGAGAACCGCCUGAGGCUGCCCUUCCCUUCGGCCCCGGACCCCGAGGCCCCCCUACUGCACCCCAGAGACCCCCAGGGGCCGGCGGUUCGGCCCGGGGCGGCGGUCCGGAUGGCAGACGCGCUGAUGGGCCAGCAGAUGGCGAUGGCAAGCGGUGUGGAGCAGCUGAACCAGCAGCACAGCGGCGAGGCAGCUCUCCCAGGGGCUGAUGGGAUGGAGGAGCACCUGGAGGGGGAGGACUCGGCCGUGAAGGACCUGGAGGACGUGGAGGUGAAGGAUCUGGUGGACCUCAACCUCAACCUCGACCCUGAAGAUGGUAAAGAGGACCUGGAUCUGGGGCCCAACGACCUCCACCUGGACGACUUCCUGCUGUCGGGAAAGUUCGACCUGAUCGCCUACGCCGACCCUGAGCUCAACCUGGAGGACAAGAAGGACAUUUUCAACGAGGAGCUGGACCUGGGGGAGGACAAGGAGGACAAGGAGGGAGGAGAGAGGAGGGACGGAGCCGGCAGCACCAGGAGGAGCGGCGGUCUUCCUCCUCAGGUCAAAGAGGAGGCGAUGGAUGACGUGAAGACAGAGACUGAGAGCAGCUCUUCCAGCAAACCCCUGGGACCUCCAGGAGGUCCAGGGCCCUCCGUGCUCCUCAAGGACCACAUGGAGAACUCCGGUCCAGGGGCCUUGCUGGCCCUCCAGGCCCAGGAACAGGGUCUGUCAGCGGGCCUGGCCCCCAGGGGCCACCCUCCCCUGGCUACAGGUCAACAAUCGUCGUUCCAGCAGCAACAGAGAUCCUUUGGACCGUCCUCGUCGUCUUCGGUUCUCCUCACCCCCCACCCUCAGGGCCUCCCUGUGUCUCCUCACCCCAGCCUCCCUCCUAAGGUCCCCCCUGGCCCUCCCCACCCUCCACCCGCCCAGCCUCGCCUCCUCCUCAGCCCCCAGCCUCCACAGCCUGGGCCCUCCACCCAGAACCAGAACCAGACCCCCUUCCCCCAGGGCCAGACCAAGGACCGGCCUCUGCUCCUGGAGGAGCAGCCUCUGCUGCUGCAGGACCUCCUGGACCAGGAGCGUCAAGAGCAGCAGCAGCAGAAGCAGAUGCAGGUCCUGAUCCGACAGAGGUCCGGCUCAGACUCCGUGUUCCCCGGCAUGGACUUCGACUCCAUCUCAGACCCCAUCAUGAAGGCCAAGAUGGUGGCUCUGAAGGGCAUCAACAAGGUGAUGACUCAGGGCAGCCUGGGACUCAACCCCAUGGUCAUGAACAGGUUCCAGGAGGUUCCAGGGGCCCCGGGUCCUGAGGGGCCUCCUCAGCCUCCACAUGUGGUGGGACAGGACGGGAAGGUGAACCCUCAGCUGGUCAGACCCAGCCCCCCCAGCUUCGGCCCGGGCUUCGUCAACGAGUCUCAGCGGCGUCAGUACGAGGAGUGGCUGGGGGAGACGCAGCAGCUCCUGGGGAUGCAACAGCGCCUCCUGGAGGAGCAGAUCGCCGCCCACCGCAAGACCAAGAAGGCUCUGUCGGCCAAACAGAGAACGGCCAAGAGGGCGGGACGGGCGUUCGCCGAGGAGGACGCCGCCCAGCUGCGCUACAUCAGCGAGCAGCAGGGGUCGGUGCAGAAACAGCUGGAGCAGAUCCGGAAGCAGCAGAAGGACCAUGCAGAGCUGAUAGACGACUACAGGACCAAACAGCAGCAGCAGAGAGCGUCCCCUAUCGUCCCUGCACCCCCCCACAAGCUGCUGGCCAUGCAGCCCCACCCGGCCGGCCCCACCCAGCCCCGUGUCCCCCCGGGUUGGACACCAGGUAGUGGGGCUCCGGGAGUGAUGGUGCAGAGGAUGCCCCCUCACCUGCCCCCUCAGGUGCCCCCCGGCCUGCCCAAUGCCCACCAGGGUCCCCCCCGGGGCCCCGCUGGGGGACCCAAUGGAGCUGGAGGGGAAGGAGCCACGCCCACACCUCAGGUGAAGUUCGACGACAACAACCCGUUCAGCGAGGGCUUUCAGGAGAGGGAGAGGAGGGAGAGGCUGAGGGAGCAGCAGGAGAGGCAGAGGGUGCAGCUGAUGCAGGAGGUGGAGCGUCAUCGGGCCCUGCAGCAGAGACUGGAGCUGGAGCAGCAGGCCCUCCUGGGGGCUCCCAUGGGCCCUGAGUCUGGAGGAGCAGCCAUGCCUCUGUCAGGAGCUCGGGUCGGACCGACACCGGGACCAGGACCCGGCCCCAGCGGUCCUACCGGAUCAACAGCUGCCCCCGGUGAGGACGGUCUCUCCCAGAUGCCCUUCUUCAGCUCUGAGCUGCCCCAGGACUUCCUCCAGUCCCCGCCGGCCCCCAGACCUCAGCUCCAAGGCCCAGGGGGGCCACCUUUCUCCCAGCAGAAGGGCCUCCACGAGGGUUUCAAGGGACCACUCCACCCAGGCUCCCACCCAGCCCCAGACCUGCUCCCCAGGGCCACAGCAGAGUGGGGCAGGGCCCUCCCUGAGCACAGACCCCCUCUGGAUGUGGCUCCUUCUAACGUCCAGAUGAGGCCGAGGCUGCCGGGCCUUGCCGGGCCCUCAGCCCAGGGGCCCAUUCGCCCGGCUGGAGUCAGAGGACUGACCCCCUCCCAUCCCCACCGAUAUAGACACGACUCCUCCUCUUCCCCCCCUCCUUCCCCUGCCCCUCCCCUGGAGGCCCCACCUCCCAUCCAGCUCUACUCUGACAUCAUCCCUGACGACAAACCAAAGAAGAAGCGCAGCAGGAAGAGGGAUGGAGACGACGCCUCACACUCUGAUGACAUCACUGCCCCACCCGCCGUCUCAGACGCCUCCUGCUCCACGCCCACUCAUGGUGGCAUGGACCAAUCAGACAUGUCCUUCCCUCAGAGCUCCUCUCGCUCCGUUCUGGCUCCGUCGUCUGAGUUGGAGAGGCAGCUGUCGGUCAGCUCUGCAGCCCAGCAGAGAGCCUCUGUCCUGGGCAUGGAGGGCCAGAGAGGGCCCCUGUGUGCAGCUCGCCUGGAGGUCAAGGAGGAGCGUGAGGAAGGUGGGGUGUGUGGGGCAGGUGUGGUAAAGGUGGAGGAGGGCGGAGUCGAGAGCUUCUCCUCCCCCUCCCCUCCUCAGGGUGGUGACGGGGGGAAAGAGCUGCUCCGACACCUGCUGAAAGACACCUCCCCCGCCACCACGCCCUCUCCCACCGGCCAGGCUCCACCCACCGGCCAGGCUCCACCCAUGGCCCGUUUCCAGCUGUCCAAUGACAGCAUGCAGUCUGAGGAUGAGGACAGACCUGGUUCCCAUGGAAACAUGGUGAGCAGGGACAGUCCUGGUCCAGAUCUUCUCGACCCCUCUGGCAGGAAGAAGGCUCAGCGCUGUAAGAGGCCGGCCCGACCCGACAAAGACAAAGCUCCUCCCAAAUACAAGAGGAGGAAGAAGGAGGAGGAGGAGAAGGCCAUCCACUCCUCCUCCUCCUCUGACCCGCUGAUGACACACCUCCGACAGCUGUCUGUGCUGCCGCUCAUGGAACCGGUUCUAGGGGUGGACCUGAGUCUGUUCCCCCCGUACGGCAGCUCCUCCCUGGGCAGCGACUCCAGACUGACUGGCUCCUUCGGCAACGCCUCCUUGGACGGAGUCACCGACUACUACUCCCAGCUCAUAUACAAGCAGAACAACCUCAGUAACCCCCCCACCCCUCCGGCCUCCCUGCCCCCCACUCCUCCCCCAGUGGCCCGGCAGAAGCUGGUGAACGGGUUCGCGUCCACGGACGAGCUGGACAGGAAGGACCUGACCGACCAGGACGGGAAAGGUACGUCGGCGCUGAAGCAGAAAGGGGAGGAGCUUAUGGCUCUAAACCACACCUCCAAGACCGUAGACGUCCCGGCCUCCUUGCCGACCCCCCCACAUAACAACCAGGAGGAGCUCCGGGCUCAGGACUCGUCGGAGCGCGGCAGCCCCGACGGCUUCGUCCCGUCCUCGUCUCCAGAGAGCGUAGCGGACAUGGAGGUCAGCAGGUACCCCGACCUGUCCUUCAUCAAGCUGGAGCCACCCUCGCCCUGCCCAUCGCCUACGUUACCCAUCAUGCCCUGCGCCUGGGGCAAAGGCUCUGCAGUCAAACAGGAAGUGAAGGUGGAGCCGAUUCAUCAUGGCCGUCCUUCCUGCUCCAACACCGACCUGGUUACCAUAGCGAUCACCCUCACCCCCGUUGCAGCUCAGAGUGUAGCAGGUGUGAUGGCGGCGGUGGCGGAGCUGCUGAGGGUCCCCAUUCCUGUCGACUACCGGCUAAGCCGAGCAGCGGGCCCCGAGCAGAGCUCUCUGGCUCUGCUGGCCGGGGUACGAGUACCGCUGCCACAGGUUUCAACAGGAAACAGACAACAGAGACCUGCAGCUGCAGCCGCAAACACAGGUGUCAGGAUGGACUACAUCCAACAUGGCAGUGCUGCUGCUGCUGCCAGGCCUCAGUGCUGCAGCUAUUGCAAGGUGCUGCUGGGAAACGGAGUCCGUAUAGUCAAGGAGCUCAAACAGGAGGGCCGACCCAGCCUGGUGUUCUGCAGUCCAAACUGCUCUUCUCUCUACACAGCAGACGUACACAGCAGGUCAGCAGGAAACAAGGCUGCGAUGCCCGUCCUGCAGUCUGGCACUGAGCGCCCUCCUGCCAGCAGAGGGCAGCACCAGUACACCAACAACAUGUCCUCCAUCGCCGUCCACUCCCUCCCCCACACUCCCUCCUCCUCCUCCUCCUCCUCCCCUCCUCUGUCCUUCCCCCCUGCCUCAGCUGUCACCAUGGAGACCAGGCCCCGUGUGGACAGCCUCAAGGUGAAGGUGAAGCUGAAGCCCCGCCCCCGGGCGGUCCCAGGUGGAGAGGACUCUCAGUCACCUCGUCAUGGGAAGAGAAUGAAGAGCUGCCGCUGGAGACGCUGGAGUGUCAGCAUCACACUGAGCAGGGGUCCCUGCAUUCCUAAUGAGGCGGUUGCCAUGCCAACAGAGGAGGAAGUGGACAUUCUGUUGAAGAAGCUGGGGGCGUGUCUUCGUCCCGAGCCGCUGCCCAAAGACCAGCGGAGGUGCUGCUUCUGUCACCAGCAGGGCGAUGGACAGACGGACGGACCAGCCAGACUGCUGAACCUGGACCUGGACCUGUGGGUGCAUCUGAACUGCGCUCUGUGGUCCAGCGAGGUGUACGAGACCCAGGCCGGCGCCCUCAUCAACGUGGAGCUGGCUCUGAGGCGAGGUCUGACGCUGCGCUGCGCCUACUGCCAGCAAACCGGAGCCACCAGCGGCUGCAACCGCCUGCGCUGCACCAACACCUACCACUUCACCUGCGCCCUGCAGGCCCACUGCACCUUCUUCAAGGAUAAGACGAUGCUGUGUCACCUCCAUAAGCCCAGGACAGUUCCUCUGAGCGGGGACAGGUCCUCCAGCGGGUCCCCAUCCUCCACCCCUGGUCCGACCCCCGACCCGGCGGCGUCCUCUGGUCCGUACAACUCGGAGCUGCGGUGCUUCUCCGUGUUCCGCCGGGUGUUCGUGCAGCGGGACGAGGCGCGUCAGAUCGCCGCCGUGGUGCAGCGCGGCGAGCGGCAGCACACCUUCCGGGUCGGCAGCCUGCUGUUCCGCGCCGUCGGCAGGCUCCUCCCACAUCAGAUGAGCAGCUUCCACAACGAGACCGCCAUCUUCCCCGUCGGUUACCACGCCAACCGCAUCUACUGGAGCAUGCGCCACAACAACAGGCGCUGUAAGUACAUGUGCUACGUGGAGGAGAAGGAGGGCAAGCCGCUGUUCAGGGUGAAGGUGGUGGAGAAGGGACACGACGACCUCAUCCUGACCGGACUCACGCCCAAAGCCGUGUGGGAGCAGAUCCUGGAACCAGUGUCCCAGAUGAGGUCCUCCACUGGGACUCUGAAGCUCUUCCCAGUUUACCUGAAAGGAGAAGAUCUGUUUGGUCUGAGCACAUCGGCAGUGACCCGCAUCAUCGAGUCGCUCCCUGGAGUGGAGGCCUGUGAGCGCUACACCUUCCGCUUCGGCAGGAACCCUCUGAUGGAGUGGCCUCUGGCCUUCAACCCGUCUGGCUCGGCCCGAUCAGAACCCAAAGCCUACCAGGCCAAGAGGCCCUACCUGCUGACCAGCAUCGCCCCCCGCUGCCAGGGCUCGGUGGGCUCCAUCGUGGGUCUGGUUCCCGGCGUCAUCUCUCUCGCUCCGGGUGAGUCGGUGGCCGGCGCCCACCAGGGCCGCCACUCCAAGUCCUCUCAGUACCGGCGCAUGAAGGCCGAGUGGAAGAGCAACGUGUACCUGGCCCGCUCACGCAUCCAGGGUCUUGGUCUGUAUGCUGCCAGAGACAUAGAGAAAUGCACCAUGGUCAUCGAGUACAUCGGCACCAUCAUCAGGAGUGAAGUAGCCAAUCGCAAGGAGAGGCUGUAUGAGUCACAGAACCGUGGCGUGUACAUGUUUCGGAUCGACAACGACUACGUGAUCGACGCCACCAUCACCGGAGGACCUGCCAGGUACAUCAACCACUCGUGUGCUCCCAACUGCAUCACUGAGGUGGUGACGGUGGAGAAGGAGAACAAGAUCAUCAUCAGCUCCUGCAGACGCAUCCAGAGAGGAGAAGAGCUGAGCUACGACUACAAGUUCGACCUGGAGGACGACCAGCAUAAGAUCCCGUGUCACUGUGGAGCCGUGAACUGUCGCAAAUGGAUGAACUGAACACACACACACACACACACACACACACACACACACACACACACACACACACACACACACACACACACACACACACACACACACACACACACACACACACACACACACACACACACACACUCUGGCAGCUCUCUCUCUCUCUGGUGUUGAAUGAAGCCGGCUGUCGCUCGCCCUCGUUUGUGGGCGGAGCGCAGCGUCACGUGAUCUAACAUCAUGAUUGAUAAUAAACUGCUUGAACUGAUUAACAAUGAGGGGCGGGGUUAUAUAUAUAUAUAUAUAUAUAUAUAUAUGGGUGGGCGGGGUCAGAAUGAAUCUGGGAGGGGUGAAUGAUUGGCAGAUGAGGGGCGGGGCUAAGAGGCUGGUCCUCAUUCAUGGAGUUGCACUAAAAACACGACAAAAACACACGGAGCUACUUGACCCCCGCGUUUGUUCAUUUUCUGUAAAAUAAGAGAUUUUUUUUGUUUUUGUAUUUAUUACCGAAUGAAGCUAUUUUCUAACGCCGCGGUGAGUUCACGGUCUGGAGGGGCAGCGUGUAAAUAUCUGUACCAUAGAAGAAGAGCUCACCUCCUCAGUAAAGUUCCUGUCGCUGCCGGGGGAGGGGCCGCUCUGAUUGGACGGCCGCUCUGAUUGGACGGCUCCUCCUCAGCUGGGCGGCUGAGUUCUGCUGCCGUGUACAUACGAGGUUUUAUGAGGACUCUGUACAGACAGAAGCCUUUUUGUUUUUUAUUGUCGGACGUCCAGCGUGAUGAAGAUGACGACGAAGAUGUCUUUUGUUUUGGGGAAAUAUGGUGAAUCUGAUUUAGAAUCAUUUACAGAAAAUAAAAUAUUUUACAUCUC